UUAAGUGCAGCUCAUAUUGGAUUAGAGGGUAUUCAGGGUCAUAAUUCGGGUAAAAUUAAGUUUUUUGUUCUUGCACGUCCGCAGCUGGAUAUUUGUUUUGUUGGUAACAUACUCAUGCUGCAGCACAAAAGCAGAAAGAAGACUUCCUCAAGUGAAUCACAGGUUUUUAAAUAGCUGUGCGAGGCAUUAUAUCUUUAUCAUGACGUUGUGCAACGAAGAUGGCGAUGAUGCUUUCGUGUGGCAAGAUUAUUUAGAAGCAACCAAUGCAGAGGAAGUUCCUCACGCUCUUUUUCAACACGUUGAAAAAAGUAUUGAGAGCAGUUUGCAACCUGGAUUGAUGCUAGAGGUUGCAGACAAAAAUGACCCCAACAAAUACUGGCCUGCAACGAUCAAAAUGAACUGUGGGGCACUAUUAAGCGUGUCUUACAUUGGCCCGAAAAAUGUUCGGAUGCCUGAGUUUUGGGUUGACAUUGGCAAGGUCGAUGUUCAGCCGUUGGGCUGGUGUGACCAGCAGAGGUCAUCAGGGUCACAAUUAAUUUUGGACCCUCCAACCUCCCUGAAGGAACAGUUUCCUGACGAGGACUGGCCUGAUCUCGUCAAAGUCGCUACGGCAAACAAACAAUCUGUUCCAGCUGAAUCGCUGAACUCUGAGGGCCACACACCGAUUGAGCGCUUAAAACAAAACAUGCGAGUUGAAGUACAAGACGAACACAAUCCGUUUCAUCUCUGGACGGCCACUAUAAAGGAAAAUGUCGGAGGUCGAUUGCGGCUGAGUUAUGAUUUACCUGAAAAUUACAUGGAGUCAUCGAUAAAAGACUUCUGGUUGUUCUAUUUGUCUCCAAGGCUGUACAAACUCGGAUGGGCUGAUGAAAGAGGCAAACCAUGGGAAUAUCAGCCUCCAAGCAUGUUGUCUGGAUCCACUUACGAAGAAGCAGCGUGGGGCGCCGUUCUUGACGCAGCCAGGGUGUCAAAAGAGUCGUUACCUUCUCCCAAUGAUCUCUUUGAAGGGGAAGUUGGAAUAGAGAGCCACCAGUUUGAGGUGGGAAUGAAACUGGAAACAAUCAACCCGUUAAGCCGAAAUGAGAUUUGUCCUGCCACCGUCAUUCAAACCUUUCCCUCAGGACACGUUUCCAUACAGAUUGACAGUAUUUCAGGGACAGAAAUGCCGCCAAUAAGGGUCUGCACGCCGGAAGACCCGUACAUAUUUCCAAUAGGUUGGAGCAAAUCGAACAAAAUUGAUCUCACCCCUCCAAAUGGCUGGGUGUCUGAGAGGGAAAAGUUUGACUGGGAAGAGUACCUGACGACCACCAUGUCGAAACCAGCUCCCAACUCUUGCUUUGCUCAAACGGAAUCAGCAAUCGACAUGGGCUUUGAAGUGGGCCAAAAACUUGAAGCGAUUGACCCUGAAAAUGAGGAGAACAUUUGUGCCGCUACAAUAACUCAGAUUUUGCACCACCUCCUGUGGAUCCACUUAGACUGCUAUGAGGCUUCAAAACCAUGCAUAAUCAUCUGCGCCUCGAGUCUGGACAUAUUCCCAGUUGGCUGGUGCGGAAGCAACUGCUACCCGCUGAAACCUCCGCACGACUUCCAUGAAGUAUGCAAGCGAAUGAAAGCAGAGGAGGAAGAGCCUCAAGUGGCCAAGCCGACCGAGUCAAGCUUGUCCAAGUCUUCGUGGUGCCCGAAAAUAUACUUCAACCACAAGUGUUUCACAGGGCCCUACCUGAGCAAGGGAAAAAUCGCCCUUUUGACCAAGUUUGUUGGUCCUGGGCCAAUAACUCUGGUGCUGAAAGAAGUCCUCUCGCUAUUGAUUUCGACCGCCUACAAGUCCAGGCAGGUGCUCAAAGAGCUCACCUGCAAAGGCAAGGUUCCAGCCAACAUGCACGUCCAGAUGCUCAAAGCAAAGCUGAAGACCGCCAUAUUCAGCGCGAAUGUGGCGAUUGCUACGUCCGCCGACCAGGUGGAGGAAUACUGCAAAUCGGUCUGUCUCAAGCUGCAGAGCUGUCCGUACCUGUUUGGACCAAACUGCAACGAGGGAGAGUGCCCUCUUAACUGCUCCAAAAUGAGCAAAAGCCAAUUCACGAGCUACUGGAGCAAGAAGACUAAAAAUGGGGUUCCUAUUGAUGGGAGGAGAAGAGCCGGCAGGAAAAAGAAGCAGAAAAUCAUCCAAGACGAGGAAAUCGUGGAAAAUGGAAAAGAAGAGGAAAGUGAUCAAUCUAGUCAUGGGGACACGGAAUACAAGGAGAAGCCCAAGAAGUCGUAUCCAGCCUUCGAGAUGCGAACCAGGAAGGCGAAACUGCCCAAUUUUGCCCUGCUUGGCUCAAGUUGGGUCUGGGGCAACGACGAAACAGAGGAAGUCCCUGCUAGAAAGCGGAGGAGGGGACUUUCCACUGAGUCACAACCUGCUAGGGCGCCUGUUAUGGUUAUGAACAGCCAGGAGGGUAUCGUCCGCAAGAGAGGCAGGCCGCGACUCGACAGGGGCAACUGCAAAAUGGCGGCGAUUGCAGGACUGACGAACCCAGCCAUGUGGAGCAAGGAGGACGUGUCAAAGUACCUUAAGAGGACGCACGACUGCGGAUGUAUGGCAGACAGACUUGAAGCAGAGGAAAUCGACGGCAAGGCGUUCAUGCUGCUCAACCUGCCGACCCUCUUGGAAAACUUCAAGUUCAAAAUUCACUUUGCGAUCAAAUUGUGCCAGCACAUUGAGCUGGUUAAGUACGCAUAUCUCACUGAAUAUUGCAAGCAAGAAAACCUCUGAUUUUAAAAUUAGAAUUAGUAAUAAUUAUGAUCUUCAACUGUAUAAUUUAAGCUGACUGUUAGGGCUUGAAAAUUAAUAAAGCGAUCAUUUUGAA